AUGCAGAAGUCACGAAGGAGAUGCUACGUGAUCUUCCAAGAAUCCAAGACCCAAGCAGAGGAAGUGGUUAAUGAUCUUCAGGAAUCGUAUUUUCAACUCGAAGUUUCUCUACAAUCGAUCCAGGAGCAGCUAGCGGAGUCAGAGUUGCGUGCUGCAGCCCUGGAGAAGGAACAGGACUUCCAGGAGAAGGUUGCUGCAUUGGAGACGGAGUUGAAAGAGCUGCACGAGACCGACUCGGCUGAACAGACUGCUGCACACAAGACCAUCGCGAGCGUGAAAGCUGCGGAGGCGGAGGAAGCAGAAACGUUGACAUAUCUUUGUCAGGAACUCGCAGAGGCGGAAGGCUUCGUGAUGGCGCUAGUCGACGAAUGCUGCAAAGAAGGCGCCACCCAAAAUAUGUUAUCGAGCUCUGAGUCACGAUUGAGCUUUCGGACUGCUGAAUACGACACGGUGACGAAGGCGUUGAGUGAAUUAAAGAUUAAACACGGGGCUAUGCGCACCCAAAACGACGAGCUGGGAGAACGGAUCGAGAGUUUGGCGGCUCAGAAGAACCACUUGGUCACUCAGCACUCGAGUGAGUUAGAGUCCGCUGAAGAGACGAUCCGUGCGCUGAAGACGUCGGACGCUGAGGUGAAGGAAUGCUUGACAUCAGUUCGGCAAGAAUUAGCAGAGACGGAGAUUCGUGUGGAGGAUUUUACAGGAGAAUUGAGCGACAAGGGAGUUGAAAUCGGUAAGCUUACCUCCGAAGCAGAUGGGUUGCAUGAGCGUAUCCCGGCGUUGGAAGGGGAGCUACAGACGCUGCAGAGUCAGCGUAAAGCCAAGUGUGAGACGGCAGAGGAGACCAUUGCCAGUCUGAAGGAGUCGGAGGCCGAGACGAUGGAGAUGCUGGAGUCGAUUCGAGCGAAGUGGUCCGAGACGGAGACUCACAAGAUAUCUACCGAAGAAAAGACCGAAACCGCAAAACUAACGUUUGAACAGAACCAAUAUAUAGCUGCUGAGUUGACGAAGGAGAAAGCUAGUCUUAUUGCAAACACAAGCGUCUAUGAAUCUACUGUGACUGACCUGGAGAUAAAUCUUCAAGCUGAAGCACAUCACCUCUCCGACGCAGUACAGCAAAUCGAAACGCAACUACAGCUGACGAUCGAUGCGCUCGAGAAGAAAUUGGGGACCCGGCUCGACGAACUCAAUGACAAGGAGAAGGAGGACGAUACCCUUGAUGAAUCGUUCGAUGUUCGAUAUGAGAGCGACGAGGAGAACGAGAUCAUCGAGGACAACCGCACAAAGCUGGUGCAGCGAGCCAAGCGGGUGCUAUAG